UGGGAGAGCAGGGACAGAGUGGACUUAUUGUGUCAGGAAGCAGAGUCUCUGCCUGCUGCAGCCAGCAGCACGGGUCACCAUGCAGAGAUCCCCGCUGGAGAAAGCCAAUAUUCUGUCCAAGAUCUUCUUCAGUUGGACCAAGCCAAUUCUGAGGAAAGGUUACAGGCAGCGUCUGGAAUUAUCAGAUAUUUAUCAAAUCCCUACAGAUGAUAGUGCAGAUAACCUUUCAGAAAGAUUGGAGAGAGAAUGGGACAGGGAGCUGGCAACUUCAAAGAAAAAUCCCAAAUUAAUUAACGCACUGAAAAGAUGUUUCUUCUGGAAGUUUUUUUUCUAUGGUAUUUUAUUAUAUUUAGGGGAAGUUACCAAAGCAGUUCAGCCACUUUUACUUGGAAGAAUCAUUGCCUCUUAUGAUCCAGACAAUUCUCAUGAACGCUCAAUUGCUUAUUACCUGGGGAUCGGCCUUUGCCUGCUUUUUUUUAUCAGAAUGCUGCUUUUACACCCUGCAAUUUUUGGACUCCACCACAUAGGAAUGCAAAUGAGAAUAGCAAUGUUUAGUUUAAUUUAUAAAAAGACAUUAAAACUUUCAAGCAAAGUUUUGGAUAAAAUAAGUACAGGCCAACUUGUAAGUCUUCUAUCAAACAACCUAAAUAAAUUUGAUGAGGGUUUAGCUUUGGCUCAUUUUGUCUGGAUCGCUCCGCUGCAAGUGAUUUUAUUGAUGGGUCUCUUGUGGGACUUGCUGCAAGCCACGGCAUUUUGUGGCUUAGGAUUUCUGGUUUUACUUGCAUUCUUCCAAGCAUGGUUAGGUCGCAUGAUGAUGAAAUACAGAGACAGGAGAGCUGGAAAGAUCAAUGAAAGACUUGUGAUUACAUCUGAAAUUAUUGACAACAUACAGUCAGUAAAGGCCUAUUGUUGGGAGGAUGCAAUGGAAAAAAUUAUUGAAGCAAUAAGACAGACUGAGCUAAAGCUUACACGGAAAGCUGCCUAUGUGAGAUACUUCAACAGCUCUGCCUUCUUCUUCUCUGGGUUUUUUGUGGUGUUUCUGUCUGUGCUGCCUCAGGCGUUAAUAAAUGGAAUAGCACUGCGCAAAAUCUUUACCACAAUUUCAUUCAGCAUUGUCCUUCGUAUGGCAGUUACUAGACAGUUCCCCUGGGCUGUACAGACCUGGUACGACUCACUGGGUGUUAUCAAUAAAAUACAGGAUUUCCUGCAAAAAGAAGAACAUAAAUCUUUGGAAUAUAAUUUAACAACCACGGAGGUUGCAAUGGAGAAUGUUACAGCGUCUUGGGAUGAGGGUAUUGGUGAGUUUUUUGAAAAAGCAAAACUUGAAGCAAAUGGAGGUACGGUAUCGAACGACGAGCCAAACUUGUUCUUUGGCAAUUUUUCACUACAUGUCACACCAGUCCUUUCAGAUAUCAAUUUUAAAAUAGAAAAAGGAGAGUUACUAGCAGUUGCUGGAUCAACGGGAGCUGGAAAGACCUCUCUGUUGAUGAUGAUAAUGGGGGAACUCGUUCCAUCUGCAGGAAAGAUAAAGCACAGUGGAAGAAUCUCCUUUUCCCCUCAGAUUUCCUGGAUUAUGCCUGGAACAAUAAAAGAAAAUAUCAUCUUUGGUGUUUCUUAUGACCAUUAUAGAUACAAGAGUGUUAUAAAAGCCUGCCAGCUGGAAGAGGACAUUGCAAAGUUUCCAGAGAAAGACAACACUGUCCUAGGAGAAGGUGGUAUAACAUUAAGUGGAGGCCAACGAGCAAGGAUAUCACUAGCAAGAGCUGUGUACAAAGAUGCUGAUCUCUACCUUCUGGAUGCUCCAUUCAGUUAUCUGGAUCUGUUUACGGAAAAGGAAAUCUUUGAAAGCUGUGUUUGUAAGCUUAUGGCCAACAAAACCAGAAUUUUAGUUACCUCAAAACUGGAACAGCUAAAAAAAGCUGACAAAAUCCUUAUUUUGCAUGAAGGAAGCUGCUAUUUUUGUGGAACAUUUGCUGAACUUCAAAAUCAACGUCCUGAAUUCAGCUCACAGCUUAUGGGAUUUGACUCCUUUGAUCACUUCAGUGCAGAGCGCAGAAACUCAAUAUUGACUGAAACAUUAAGGAGAUGCUCUAUUGACAGUGACCCGUUAGCUAUAAGAAAUGAAGUCAGAAAUAAGUCUUUUAAGCAAACUGCAGACUUUAAUGAAAUGAGAAAAAACUCAAUUAUUAAUUCGCGAAAGGCCAGCAGGAAAUUUUCCAUCAUACAGAAAGCUUCAUCACAAAUGGGUGGAAUUGAGGAAGAAUCCCCAAUAGAAACAGAAGAGAGAAAGCUGUCCUUAGUUCCUGAUUCUGAGCAAGGGGAAGCAAAUCUUCCCAGAAGCAACAUUCUUAACACAGGACCUACCUUUCAAGGAAGAAGAAGGCAGUCUGUAUUAAACCUAAUGACUCGCACCUCCAUUUCACCAGGCGCUGGUGCUUACCCAAGAGGAAAUGCCUCCAUUCGUAAAAUGUCAUUGGCUCCUCCGUCCAAACUGGCAUCUGAUGUAGAUAUUUACAGUAGACGUUCUUCUCAAGACAGUGUCUUGGAAAUAAAUGAAGAUUUUGAUGAAGAAGAUUUAAAGGAAUGUUUCUUAGAUGAUACAGACAGUUCAACUCCAGCCACCACGUGGAACACAUAUUUGAGAUAUGUGUCAGUUCACAAAAAUUUGAUAUUUGUCCUUGUCUUUUGUUUAGUCAUUUUUUUAGUUGAGGUCGCUGCUUCAUUAGUAGGAAUGUGGCUUAUUAAUAAUAGCAGUGCUCCAGGGAACAAAACAAGCAAACAAGAGAAUAUAACCUCCAAUUUACCGGACAGCCUGGCAGUAAUCGUGACCAGCACAAGUUCUUACUAUGUAUUUUACAUUUAUGUUGGGGUGGCAGACUCCUUGCUUGCUCUAGGAAUUUUCAGAGGACUUCCUCUCGUUCACAGCCUUAUAACCGUUUCCAAAGUGCUACACAAAAAGAUGUUGUAUGCCGUUCUCCAUGCCCCUAUGUCUACAUUCAAUACAAUGAGAGCAGGAAAAAUCCUGAACAGGUUUUCAAAAGAUACCGCAAUACUGGAUGAUUUACUACCUCUGACAAUAUUUGACUUCAUACAGUUAAUCCUAAUUGUGAUUGGUGCAAUAACAGUUGUGUCGAUAAUAGAGCCAUACAUUUUCUUGGCAACGGUUCCUGUCAUUAUCACAUUCAUUUUGUUAAGAUCCUACUUUCUUCACACAUCACAACAACUAAAACAAUUAGAAUCUGAAGCUCGUAGUCCAAUUUUUGCUCACCUCAUAACAAGUUUAAAAGGUUUAUGGACUUUGAGAGCAUUUGGAAGACAACCGUACUUUGAAGCCCUUUUUCACAAAGCACUGAAUCUACAUACAGCAAAUUGGUUUCUCUACCUCUCCACACUACGAUGGUUUCAGAUGACCAUAGAAAUGAUCUUUGUCAUUUUCUUCAGUGCUGUCACUUUUAUCUCGAUUGCAACAACAGGUGAAGGAGAAGGAAAAGUUGGAAUAGUUUUAACUUUAGCUAUGAAUAUUAUGAACACCUUGCAGUGGGCUGUAAACUCGAGCAUUGAUGUGGACAGUUUGAUGCGAUCUGUUAGUAGAAUCUUUCGUUUCAUUGAUAUUCCAAAUGAGGAUUUUAAAAACAAAAAGGCUAAAAAGGAUGAUCUGUCUGAGGUUCUUAUAAUUGAAAAUGAAUUUGCAAAGAAAGAUAGAGAUUGGCCAUCUGGGGGUCAAAUGAGUGUCAAAAACCUUUCUGCAAAAUAUGUGGAUGAAGGCCAUGCUGUGUUGGAAAACAUUACCUUCUCAAUAAGUCCUGGACAAAGGGUAGGGUUAUUAGGAAGAACUGGAUCAGGAAAGAGCACCCUGCUGUCUGCAUUUUUGGGUUUGCUGUCUACACAAGGGGAUAUUCAAAUUGAUGGCGUAUCUUGGCAAACGACCCCACUACAGAAAUGGCGAAAAGCUUUUGGCGUUGUACCUCAGAAAGUGUUCAUAUUUUCUGGAACAUUCCGAAAGAACCUGGACCCGUAUGGAAAAUGGAGUGAUGAAGAAAUCUGGAAAGUGGCUGAUGAGGUUGGUUUAAAAUCGAUCAUUGAGCAGUUUCCAGGCCAGAUGGAUUUUGUUCUUCUGGAUGGGGGUUGCGUACUAAGCCACGGUCACAAGCAGCUAAUGUGCCUUGCAAGAUCUGUUCUCAGCAAAGCAAAAAUUCUUCUUCUUGAUGAACCAAGUGCUCAUUUAGAUCCCAUAACCUUCCAAAUAAUUCGAAAAACGCUAAAACAUGCAUUUGCAGAUUGUACAGUAAUACUUUCUGAACAUAGACUGGAGGCAAUGCUAGAAUGUCAACAAUUUCUGGUAAUUGAAGAAAAUACAGUGCGACAAUACGACUCGAUUCAGAAACUCAUGAAUGAAAAGAGUUUCUUCAAACAAGCCAUGAGCCAGUCUGAUCGCUUGAAGCUAUUCCCAUUACAUCGUAGAAAUUCAAGUAAAAGAAAAUCCAGACCCAAAAUCACUGCCUUACAAGAAGAAACUGAAGAAGAGGUACAGGAAACAAGACUGUGAUAACUCACAAAAGGCUUCCUGCAAUCUUUCCAUAUGCAUCCAUUUUGUUAGAUGCUUCUUGUGCCAAUGGACCAUAUAACUAAGGACAUUGAAAAACUAAAAUAAAGUUACGCUGAAAUCACCUGAUUUGAAACUGACUUUAAAUGUGACAUUGUCCAAAUAUUUAUACUGGCUCAUGUAUAAUGAUAGCAGUUUUGGUACGCAUUUGUAUGGUUAAGUUAUUUUUGUAUUCUUACUUUAAUGAUUAGACUCCAAAGAGGUUUAUCAUAGAAAAGUUUUGUGAUGCAUUGUAAGAAAUUCUGUAUUUGGGAUAAUAAUUUAGAAAAUAUUAAUAAUGUUAGGAGUGGUGUCUCUGUGGCCCAAAUUAUGUAACAAAUUAUGCACUGUUUUUUUGGACAGCCAACUCGUAGAACAAUUUUCAAGAGAUUUUUUUUUUAUUCUGGAUCGGAUCAGACAAAUAUUUGUUUUGACAAUUUUUAAUAUGCUGCAAAUACUAAAAAUGAACCAUGUAAAAAAUUGAUCAUAACAUACCAAUCUGAGAAUAUUUGGGGUCAAUAGUCAAUAUUACUUUAACAUUUUUUUCAUCAAACAAUUUAUUAAUUGUUGACAAAUAUUUUUACUUAGUAUUUCCAUACAAUUCUUAACUAUAUUUGUGAAAAAAUGUUUUAACCUCUUUGCAAAUAUCUACAAUGGUAUCUUAUUUAGCACCAUCUACAUACUGGUUAUUUGACAACACACAUUUUCCAUUUACCAGUCGAUAGAUUAUUAAUUAUUGUUUAAAAUGAGGGCUUUCCAGUGCUGGUUGUCCAUGUCUGGUGAAAUGGAGUUAUCAUUUUGAAUUGAGUUUUCUUUAAAUUUUGCAUUAUUAAAAUGUAACUGAAUUAUUUUGCAGUAUGGAUUGUUAACAAAUACAAUAAUAAGAUGUAACUGAAUGCUUUAAUCCAUGAAUGCAUAAACCAUUAUCUUUAAAGAAGGUCUUGCAUGAAAUGCAUCAGAUGUCAGCUACGCGUUUCUGAGUCAUGAGUAUGGUUACUAUUGGAAGCAGUUUAGGAACUUUUUUAAAUUGUUUAAUUCGGCAAAGUUUCAUUUUGAAACAAUUGCUGAUCUUUCUAGCUUGUGUAAAAGACACUGUCUUGUUGUAGUAGAACUAAAUGGAGAAUAAAGGAACACUUCAUUGUGACUUUGGGUGUCUAAUGUCACUUCCUGGUCCUGAAUUUACAUAAAAAAACCAUAGAGACUCAUUGGAGUUUUUUAGGUGUGCUUGCAGCUGAGCAAUGUAAUAGAGCACUUGCCAUCCUUUGAUAUAUUGACAAUUCUAAAGAUAUUAGCUAUAAUUUAUUAAUAUUUUUAUAAUAAAUUUGAUUACAAAUUAAAAUAAAAGAUAAAAAACUAAAACUUACUUCACUAGUAUGUUAAACAAUGUAUAGUGGUACAUCAAGACAUUAAUGUAUAUGUAUAUUCAUAUAUACAUAUCCCUGAUAAACAAAACACAUAUUUUUAUAUAGUAUGAUGUUAUCGAUUAAUAGAUAUUAUGUUUAGGAUAUAUUUAUUUUAAUGUUUAUUUAAAUUUGAUUUAAUAAUGCACUACACAACAACAAAAUAUAUUUGUAUAAAAAUAGUUUAUAUUGAAACUUGAUUAUUUUUUUUCUAAACGAAUUAUAAUUAAAAUGUAUUCUUUUCAUCUCAGAAAGCUAAGUUCUGUUUAUGUGCCUUAAGAUUUCCAAAAUAAAUCAUAUGAUGAUCUAACAAAACAUCUUGACAUAUGAUUUUAUUUUGAGGAAUACUGCCAGUUUUUGUAAAAUAUACUUCAGGUGCAAUUUAGUAGAAUAAGAUAAUGUGUGUGUCAUGUUCAGUCGUAUCACUGCCUUUAUAAAAUGUACACCUAUAAUAUAUUCAGUGUAUUUAUUGUAAUUACAGAUUUAAUAAAGUGAAUACUUUGUGUACAAA